CGAAGCAACUUCACAAUACAUACUCGCUCAUGUAAACAGUUCAGUGCUCUAAAACCAGCUGCGCUGUCGACAGGGAUUACGCGCUGUCGUCGGCGGAAUCCGUUGAGGUUGCCAAACUUUCGAGCGCUGCCCUCGCAAAUGCAACUAUAGUACAGUAAUAUAUGUAUAAAGACUAUUGCGCAUAGCCAGAGUUUGCGCGCGUGCUUGGCAAUUGACUUCACACUGAGCGACCGCGGCAGUCAAGAAGCAGCGACUUUUGAAGGAUGGGCGCCGGAUGCUCCGCAGUGGAGGUUCACAACGUAGCCAUUGGCUCUCCAGCGACCCUGGCGGACGUUCGGAGUGCUGUCAAGUCCAUAGAAUCUUGGCAUCUUGCUCAGGAGUCGCGCAAGAAGUUCGGAGACAAGACCACCACCAGCCAUGAGACGCUGCUUGCAAAACUCGGUGGAAACGACAUUUUAAAGCAGGUGGCGGAGCGGUGGUAUGCAAAGCUCAAGCGCGACGAGCGGCUUGGGACCUUCCUUGCGGACCAAGACACCAUCCACUUGCGAGCCAGGCUGAGUGCCUACCUUGCCAACCUGUUCGGACAGAAGCACGACCCCAUGGCCGCGCUGCUGCGCAAGCAGGCCACCUCCCAAGCCCUGCAGCACCAGCGCAGCAGCGUCUUGCAGCACCAGCCCACCUCCAACGGCCUGGCCCUGCACAGCUCCCAGCCCUCCCUCGUCACCUCCCGCGCGCCCUCGCACGCGAUGUCGCGCCUGCCGCCCUCUUACAGCCUGCACCACCAGGCCACCUCCAGCCGGGUCGGUGCGGGCCGCUGCCACCACCUACGCCGGGUGCACCUGCGCCUCAUCCAGCAGAUGGGCUUCUCGCCCGCCGACUUCGACGCCGGCCUGGGCUACUUCCGCGAGUCACUGCAGGAGCUGGGCGCACCCGAGUGGCUGGUGGAUGAGGUGAUGCUCAAGCUCGUGGAGGUCAAGGACCUGGUGUUUGAUGACCCGGACGCCCCGACGCCCGCUGAGGAGGAGGCGCAGGGAGGCGCACACGCGCCGGAGCAGCCCCCGCCAGCGGCGGCGAGGGUAGCGCGCAGGUCCAGCAGCAGUGUCGGGCUGCUGGGCAUCACGUUGACGCCCGUGAAGGCCUAGGGCGCAGAGGGUCGGAGCAUCGUGGAGCGAGGGGCUGGGAGGCCGGGAAGGCUGAACGGGAAACGAUUGCAACGUAUGAGUGGAGCCACGUUUUUAGCCGGGCGGGCUGCAAUGGCGAGGGACCGCGCCAUCGUAAUCGACCGCAUACGGUGCGGCACACUGGAAGUUACCGCGUUGCUGGACAGAAGCGAAGUGGGACUUCUGAUGGACUGGAUGGGCAACUGGGGAUGUACCCCCGUGGGAAUGGAAGAGACCCGCUCAAGGCUUCUAGAAUGGACUAGCACGUCAUUGGCAUGGCGAAGGCAGCAUAUUCCAUAUGCUGUCACCUGCGUGCGGCCAUUUUACAUUGUUAAGGCCGCACGGCACGGCCGCACGGACUGGACAACCAUAUCAUUCCUGCAUUCAUGAUAGGUUAUCCAAAUGAGGAACUGAGAGUGACAGAGGUGCGCUUGCUUAUGCAGGCUUGAGGGUGUUUCGUGGGUGUUUCGCAAUUGUGCAUCGCGGCAUUGGGUUUAGCAGGAGUGACUGGCGCGUUUGGGGAGACGAAAUGGCACAGCCAGAACAGCAAUCUUACAUGGUAUGGUAUCUGAACGCAAUAAGGGUACGGUAUGCGCAGCGUGCUGCAAGCUCCUUUGAACUGUGUGCGCAUAAUUAUGCGCGCUGCAAUGGUGAUUUUCCGCGCUUUGUGGGGUGGUUGACAUGAUGACCGCAGUGUGUUGUGCAAUGUGCGUGUCGUCAUGUGUUCAUGUGUGAUGCCUCUUCGCGAGCGGUUCGAUGGAGGCAUGGUGCCGUGCUCGUACAGCGGGGAGGUCAGGAUGGGGCAAGAUUUGCAUCAGAGGCCUGAGUGCUGGCCACAAUUGCACAUCAUACUUAUGUCUUCCACACGGCAUGGGUCACUCCCGGCGUGGGUAGAUUAGCCGUCCUGGGUAACUGACGUGCAAAGUUGCGAAACACGCACGGGGUGUGUCCGCAUUUCGGUUGCCGACAAGGGAAGCAUACAAGUAGGCAGUGCUGGUCGAGAGCGGGACAGGGGUUCCAUCGCAUGGGAGCGGCCGUGGGAGCGACUGCCGAGACGGGAUCUGCGUAUUGGGCUGCGGCAGACCACUUCAUCGCCUUUUUCAUGGGCUGAGCCCCCCAGCGCAGCGUUCCAGGGGGGGGGCGAAGCCCCCCAGGAACACCCCUGUCCGUGGCUGGUGAGUGCUGGUGGCUGGUGCGUCGGCAAAACAUAGCAUACUGGCGCAAACCGCGGCUGCUACGUAUUAGUAUGUGUUAAUGCCUAUUGCAUGUAAAUAGGUGGCAGGGAAAAUUCGGGCGGAGCGAGAAGUGCCUUCGCGCGUCCAUGGACAAUUGACUUUCGCGAGGUUGCCCGAAAAGCAAGCCAUGGCUUUGCGCAGUAUGACUUCUGUACGCGGCCGAUCAAGCUGCAGCGGCCGCCAUGGCCGCCGGCGGCGGCGGGGCCGGGCUGAGAGGCUGAACGGCGCUAGCAGGGCGUGGGGCUGAGGCACCCGGGUGCCACUCCCGGUUUGGGCUGAGUCCAGAGGGCCCUGGAACUUUGAGGCGCCCGUAGCACCUUCAGACCUAUUCGGCCGGGGCUGUUUGACACGGCGUUGUGUAGCCGUGGUAGCCGACACGGGUUUUGGGCCGGGGUUGGCGUCGGCCGAGUAGGUCUGCGGUGUUGUACGGCGCAUACCGUCCGGGGGGUGCAUUUUCCCAGCCAAACCCGCUCGCGCGGAGGGCUCUGGGGGAAGCCCGGGGCAAAUCCUACCUUACGAUUCAGGCGCCGCCUUUUUGUAUGAACAUAACUUACAUCAUCAUUGGCCAGUAUUGCUCGGCGGAGGACUAAAACAUGUUAGUCGGGGCUCAAGUCGCGAAAUUGACCGAAGCCCGUAUCUCGCAUAGGCGGUGUUUUCGGCAUAUCACAAGUGCCGUCAACUAAGGUUUACCUUUAGAUGAAAGCGUGAUAGCGUCGGGCAAAUUCUGUUCGGUCCUGGCAAGCGCGACAUUUAGCAUUUCGACUUUGGCUGUCGCUCGAAUUUAUGCCCCGGGGCCGUUCAGGGACCAUUAUAUAUGUCAUACGGUACCGCAUCAAUGGUCAAGGGGCUUGGACUCACGCAGUCGCUUGGGACUUGCCGGAGUGGCACCCGGGUGGGCUGAGGGUGCACGUGUCGAUUGGCGGCGAGUGACGUGACUAGUUUGUUAGCUGUGGGUUAGCACGGACUGUGCACCCCACCCAACCGGCCACGUCCGGAUUUGCGGGGAUGCCAAAGGCCCCCAACAUAGAGGCGUGUGUGCUUAGUAGGCGCCCGCGUCAAGGUGGCUGGGUUGAUAACGACCCGGGAUCAGCCCUUUUCCUGCCAUAAGGCAGGACGCACGUUCCCCGCCCCCCUCGCCGUGAGAGGUUGUGCGUGGUUGGUGGCUAUGUGUGUGGGCAGGAUGCACGUGUGGGCGACCGUUCUAGUACCUGGACGCUUGCGCCCUGGUUAGUGCGUGCGCUGUGCGUGUGUCCUGCGGCCUAGACGUUUCCCGGCACUCCUGUGCCUAGGCUUGUGGCGUUGAGGCACAGCGGUGGGGCUCUGGCGGGUUGAGGCUUGGCUAGGACUCACUGUGCGCGGAGUCACACGGACUUUGCCCGCGGGAGGGUUUGCAGCAAAGUCGGGGUUGGGCCCUGAUAGCAUGUGAUGGCUCGGCGUCUUCGGGAGCUGGGACUGUCCCCUCUGUAACAUCCGCAUCCA